CUUCACUUUGAUUAUCCAUCUAUAUAUUAUUUUGUUUUUAAAUUCGUUUCGUACAGCUGAUCUUGUAACUUUGUCGGUUUAUCAGAAUAAUUGAAGUCUUCUUUUUAAUCCGUAUUCCGAUUCUCAUAUGAUUUAUAAGUGAGAAAACAUUAACCAUACAGCAUAUCGAUUCAGCACCAGUCAAAAACAGAAACUUUUCACAUCUUUUUCGGUUGUUCUAAGGCCUGUAGGAUGAAACCGGUUACUCGUGCCGAAACACUCACCGCUUCUGGAGACAAGAUUAGAAAAUCUUUACAUGAAUUGCAGCCAUCAGCCACUGAUAAAGAAACUUUGGUUGGUGCUGACAGGAUGCUCAGAUCUACCAAAGAAUCAAAAACAGUAAAACCAAAAAGUAACGUGUCCCAAAAAGCAAAAGAUGAAAAACCUAAACCUAAAAAAGUGACAACUAAAAGCAAAGCUGUUCAGACUGCAGAAAAAGAGAAGAUCAAAAUUGAAGCUGAUGAUUUAAUCUCGACAGCUGGUCCUAGUGAAAAUUACUGGCAAGUUGUGGCUGAAAAGCGGCGAAUAGCGCUUAAGGAGACUUUAGAGGAAAAUAAGAGGUUAUCAGAAGAAAAGGAAGAACUUGCACAACGCGUUGAACAGUUGGAAGAAGAAAACCGUAUGUGUAAAGAGAUGUUGAAUGAGACAAAAGCACUGGUUGAAGUGCUGCAGGACAUGAUCGGAGAUGACAGAAGUGGUAUUAAUAAUUCGUUAGAAGAUAGUCUUCUUUGAUUUAGACAUUGAUUACACAAGGAAAAAUAAUCGAGAAAGAAUUAUAUAAGAAAUUGUUUGAGAUACAUUUAGAAUUUCCUAUAAAGAUACAGUAUUAUGUAACUUGUUUUCUAUACGACACAUGGCAUCAAACUGGCAUUCUUCGUCACGAUCUGGGUACGCUGUUUUCAUGAUAGACAUUGGACAUGGCGCACCAUUUGGGCAGUGCGGCAAAGAUACUGGCCGUUCUUGAAGCAUAAAUAGAAUGCUAGGACCGUGCGAUGAGCAACUGGAAAAAAGACAAUUCAGAAAUUUUCUGCCGGUCAUCAUCGUUACAUCUCAGCAAUAUAUCUCAUUAUUCUAGAUAAUUUCGAAAAA